AUGAGAGGAACAUUGCUCGGAAGGAGCGUGAGCAAUCGUGUGUCGGCAGGUGGAAGAGACGAGACGCAGCCCGGCUCUGGAGCUGUGGCGGCUGGAGCACGGCUGGCGGCUGUCGCGGCGCGCCUCAACGCGUUGCCUGACGCCGAGCUCGGCGCCGGCGCAGGCGCAGAGUCCGCCACCGACGCCAGCGACUCCGCGGCGCGCGACGCCGUGCACCAGCUGCGCCUCCACCGCGCGCCACAGCGGGCCGUCGAGCACGAGGAGUUCAUCGCCAACAUGAACCGCCAGGCGCUCAUCAGAUACGAAAUGGAAAUUCUGAUGAAGAAAGAAGCAGAAGCUGAGGAAGAAAUUAAAAACUUAGCCGAUAAAGUCAACGAGCUGCAAGAGUUAUAUAAGGCCCAGGAUGAGCUAUUAGGUUCGCUGUUCGGCGAGAGCCACGGCAGCGAGGAGGAGGAGGCGGCGGAGGAGCAGCUGGAGCAGGCGCGCAGCUACCGCGACACGCUGGCCGGCGCUCACCUCGAGUGGCGAGACGCGGCCGCGCUCGCAGCAGACGCCGUCCUCAGCCUCGAGAACGCUACGCGCGCCUGGCUCGAGCUCGACUCCCAGCCUGAAGACAACCGUUUCACGCUGGCAGUGUCAGCACGCAACUCGCUGCUAGAGGCUGUGGUAUACGUGUCUCUGGCCCAGGCACUUCUGCCGGGUGUUCAGUUUCCCUACUGUACGCCUCGGGAUCUCCUCACUGUCAGUCAGGCGCUGGUGUACAUGUUAACUGACAUGCAGAUACCUGAACGCUAUGACUACGCUUCAGAAGUCUUCAAUAACUUCCUCGACCGCACGAAGCAGUUCUCCAAAUGGACUCAGCAGACAAUGGACGACACACUGAAACGAGACCUUGACGAUGUGGAGAAGAAAGUGGAAGAAACUGCUGCUCGGUUGAGAAAUAUUAGAAUGGAUCUCAUCAGAAAAAAGUUCGGGCAAAGCAGCGACCCAUACGAAUCAGAAGAUAUCUCACGAGUGAUAAAUGGGGAAGCACCUCUCUUCGUAACAAUGGAGGGCGGGUCGGCGGCGCGCCGGCGGCUGACGCACUCGGCGCUGUUCUCGCAGUCUGCGGCCGAGGCGCCGCAGCUGUACGGCCCCGCGCUGGGCGACUUCCGCGACAAGCUGGCGCUCCGGCGCCGCGACUGGUCCAGCAAGAAGCUCGAGCAGGCGCACAUGGCGCGCUGGGCCAACAAGUAG